AUGGAAACGUAUGAAGGCAACGUCAUCUAUCAUGCUAAUGACAUAUUCUAUAACAAUAAAACUUCGUCGUCUUCUCCACAAAGAAUAAAUUAUUAUUUAAGUGAUAGUGGAGUAUCAUCACUUGGAAGUCCAACUCUUCCGAAAAACGUCUGUCCAACUGUUUGCUCAGUUUGUGGGGGCAAAGCCACUGGAUAUCAUUAUGAAGUGCCCUCAUGCAAUGGUUGUAAAACGUUCUUCCGGCGAACAGUCUUGUCUCAGAAAAAAUAUUCUUGCCAAAAAGGGGGAAAAUGCUUUGAAAUCCCUCCAAUAGAGAAAAGAUGUUCAUGUAAAGCGUGCCGAUUCCAGAAAUGCGUUGAAGUUGGAAUGAAUGCUUUGGCAAUCCAAUUAACAAAUACAAAUAAUGAUCUCGUAGUGGAGUUAUCCAAGAAAAGGAAACCCAUUGAGGAGGAAAAGAGUGAAAUCGCACUUACAAUUACUCCAGCAUUUCUACCUCUUAGAGAUGAAACUGAGCGAUUGAUAUCAGAACUAAUGUAUUUAGAAAUUACCACUGAAAAGUUCAGGGCUUGUAAGUUUAAUCCAAAAUCAUGUGAUAUACCUUCUUUGAAUGAAAUAGUCACAGAUGGAUGUAAAUUAUAUUUGGCUGAUCGAUUAGGGCCAAUGCCUAACUGGCCAUUAGAUAAAUCCGCAUGUAUGCCAAAAUUUGAUGAAAAUGGAAAAAUAAUUCAUGAACAUACUCCUGAGAUGAAAAACUGGUUUAUAUAUGAUUUACUUACAUCUGUAGAAUAUGCAAAAACAUUUUCAUUUUUCCAUAAAUUAUCGGAAAAUGACAGAGUUAAUCUGCUCAAAUCAUCAGCUUUAUUAUGCUUUAAUUUGGCCCAAGCAUUCUAUUCAUAUUCUCAAAAAUCAAAUGAUCUUAUACAUCCGGAUGGAACGACUCUAAGACGGUUUCAUAAUCAUCCUCCCCCUUGGAAAGAGGAGCAUCAUUGUUUGCGAGAAACAUUCGCAUCGAUUGAAUUCAUAAAGAAACGUAUGAUAAGCAUGUUAUUUGAAAAAGAUUAUACGAAAACCGAAUAUGUUUUAUUGAAAAAAAUUAUUUUAUGUAAUCCGAUGAGCGACUUAUCAGAACAAGGAAGAGAAUUAGUACAAGAGGAGCGAUUACGGACAAACAAGACAUUGCUCAACCAUUGUUUGGCCACUUUUGGAUCAACGGGCACUGGGCGAUAUGCUGCUAACUUGGCAAUGAUUAACGCUCUUGAAUCUAACACCCAAGUAAUGAAAGAUAUUCAUGUGACGAUCAAGCUUGUUCGGAAACACCCCGAAGGCUCCAGAUAUGUUCCUUUAUUGGACGAAAUUAUGCAAUAA